AUAGAUAUCGAGAGAUGGCAGGCACGUUCAGUAGCUUUGCUUUUCGCGCCUUAAUUAUGCCUAACCUGUCUUAAAUAUAUAAAGCUUUUCAACUUUUUUUUGAGUGAAAGGCUACUAAUAUAAAAGCGAAUAUAAGAAGCUAUUCGUUCUGUUUCUUAUUACUUGACAAGUUAUUUGAAGUCACAAGUAAUGGAGGAAGUAACCAAAUGCAGAUACAUCGAUUGUGUCGACACACGGGAAAAGGGGCAAAUACUUCAUGAACUUCCCGUUUGUGAUACCGGUCUCUGUGUGAGGUGGUUGAUCAACAGUGGUCACGUGGACCUAAUUGGAAGUGAUCUUGAUGUUUUACGGUCUAUGAGAUUUUUCAUUUGCGAUAAUCACUUUACGGAGGAUUGCUAUCUUAGUAAAGGCACUCUAAAGGAAAAUGCAGUCCCUUCUCCGCAUUGGAGUACUGUUUCGAGAACAUUGAGGAAUUCGAAAACACGACGGAAAAUUCAAUUAAACAAUCAAGAAAGUUCUAUGGAGGAAGUAGCAACGGGUGAGCAUACAGAGAAAAAUGUUUCUUCCGAACUUGAAGUGGAUCAGUGGUGUAGAACGUGCGCGACCAAGAAACAGAACCUUGUAAGCAUGAUGACGGGAAAGAGCACAGACAUGAGCCUGCUGUCGAAAUUGAAGCUUUUGAUAGAAAUCGACGAUGAAGAUGCUUUACCCACAAAAAUGUGCAAUGAAUGUGUUGACAAGUUGGAACAAUCGUUCAAGUUUUUUCAACAGAUUUACGUAGCAGACAAUACAUUGCGUCAUGUGUUUCCAAAUACACGACCGAGCAGUACACCCAGAAAGCCUUUGUAUUCAAUCAGUAAACAUAUGAGAAAUGAACAAAAGGAAAAGGAAAAAGAGAAAGAGAAAGAGGAGGAACAGCAACAACAGCAAGAUCGUGCUCCAAAAAUUACUCGUGGUAUCUUUAGACGUGGUCGAGGUAGACCUCGCACUAGGGGCUAUGCAGCCAGAGCAAGAGCAAGGCAAAGAUCCGGUCAUAUACCAAUCUCAGUUUCAAGGACUACUAAUUCCAAUGCUAAUCUGAAUGAUAAUAAGACGUACGAGAACAGAGUGAACGAAACCACCGCAUUGAGGAGCGAAUCUCAGAGUAUGAUGCUCGAUGAAGAAAGAGAAGGUGAUACUGUAUUUUCUUUACUCACCGAUACAUGCCAUAUGGACGAAGAGUUAGAUUGGUCGGAUGUUUUAAAAGUAAUGAACGAUCAAAGAUACCAGCAGGUCAUUUCUAGACAAGAAACGGAGACAAAGUUGAAGGAAAAAACGCAAAAGAAGGAAACAGAGGAACAGGUAAUUGAAUCGGAAAUGACUGAAUUACAAGCGGAGUCAACAUCGGAAUCGUCGAAAGUGGAAAUGAAGACAGAAACUGAAAUUGAGAUCAAAGAAGAGAUUGAGAUGGAGAUAAAAAUGGAGGUAGAGCCGGAAGCAGAAGCGGAGAAGACGGAAGCGGAACAGAAGGCGCAGUCUAAUGAGGACAAAUCGACAAUGGAGGAGGUUCAAGAAAUACGUUGUGAAUUCUGCAACGAAUCAUUUAAACUUAGACUUCAGUUACAAACACAUUUAUUGACCGAUCAUUCUCAAUUGUCAGGAUAUAUGUGUAUAGAUUGCUUAAUUUGCUAUGAAAGUGAAUCGUCACUGUCGAAACACCGUAGUUUACAUCACGGAGAUCGAAGAUAUCGCUGCGAACAUUGCCACCAAGAAUUUCUUGAGAAAAGAAUACUGAGAGAUCAUAUUAAAAAAUGUGAAUUGCACGAAACAACCAAUUACUCGUGCUAUUCGUGCGAGUUAAUAUUUUCUUCGAAACAAGAGCUGACCGAUCAUGUGAAAACUCAUUCGGAAAGUUCGGUCAUACCGUUUCACUCGGAUCUCGAUAAUUCGCAGAAAAUUGAGAAUGAAUUGGUAUCAUCUGUGGAAGCCGUAGUAAAGCAAGAACCACAAUCUGAAUACCCUUCUUCCGUUAUAUCUCCGAAAGAUACCGUCAGCGAAAUUUCCAUAUCGAAUCCAGAUGAAAAAUAUAGCAGUAGCGUGAUUAUUUCGAGCGAUACACUUAAGACUGAUGCAGUCGAGGAGGAAAUGCAACAACCAACUGAUGGCGAAAAAUCGGCGAUGGUGAUUUGUCCCGAUUGCAACGAGCAAAUGCACGAUACAAUGGAACUCAGUGUUCAUCGAAUGCGUCGUCAUUCGAUGAAUAGGAAAGACGCGACGUGUCUUCUCUGCGACAACAAAUCCUUUUCUUCUUUGGAUGAAUACGAACAACAUGUACUAGAUCAUUGCAAGCGACUAAGAAUAUCACCAUGAUAAAAUGAACGUUUUCUUUAUUGCAAAGUAACAUCUCAACGAUAAAGAAGAUUCAUUAUUUCGAUUCAUUAUUAUCGGUGGACACAAUGUGAUUUUCGAAGAUAUCGAGAAAAUUAAAGAAUACCAAAUUAAUCGCUCUACUAAAAUAUCUCACAUUGUGCACAUUCGUGUUACGUCGAUCUAAUUGCCUCUUAACUAAAGCAAGGAAUAUGUAUAUUUUAAUCGAAUCAAUGUAUUGUUGCUAAACAUUUAAAAUAAUCGACCAAUUUGAUCGUUUCUUUCAUUUAACUGUCAUAUUGAAUAAAUCAUGUAAAAAAAGUACAAAAGUCGAAGGAUAGAGAGCAGUAAUAUAACAGUGGGACAUACAUUCGUGAUAACGAAUAUAUGACUGGUAUCUAUAAAGAAACGUAUCGAUAGAAGUAAAUGUUUUUUACGCGAGAGGUCAUGACGUGCGCUUUACAUAACGUAACACAUUGUAAUAUGUUUACAUAAUUAAUGUAAAAAAUACAAUUCUUUUAUUUCAUUCGAAAGGUAAAGAGAGGGGGUAGUAGUUGUGUGUGUGUGUGUGUGUGUGUGUGUGUGUGUGUGUGUGUAUGCAUGCGCGUGUACGCACGCACUUGUAUAGGUUUAAUAUACGCGUAAAUAUAUAUGUAUGUAAAUAAUACAGAAUGUGCAUAGACACACAACAGACGAAAUUGCCGAUAGGCGUGCGAAUGCAACAGCGAAUCGCAAGUGUUGUUUAUUAUUUACAAUCGGCCAAAUUCGGCUGAUAGCUUUUAAUGUUAUUUAGCAAUAAAUAUGUCUUUUGCAAACGAUA